AUAUGGCAGGAGCACCUCUUUGAGUUUCUUUUCGAACAAAAUCCAUUUCUUUUUUAGAUAUGUCUUAUCACUAUUUCACAAUUAUACAACUAUUAAAUAAUAGACCUUAGUACACUGCACUCUUGCACAAUUGAACGUUUUAACGCCAAAACGUGUCAAAAUUGUAUCUCAGUUGAGAAACGAAUAUUUUCGCAGAAAUAUUGGUUUCUCAACUGAGAUAUUCUCAACUGAGAUACUUAAUUAAAACAUAGAUUGUAUCUCAUUUGAGAAUAUAAUUUGUAUCUCAGUUGAGUCCAAACCGAUUUUUUUCAUAAGAAAAAUUCUCUAUACUUUCUUCCAUGUAAAUUGUCAGUCAUUUGUGUUUAUCUUUAAUUAGCGAAGCAGAAAUUAUAAAAAUUAAAAAUGAUAAGCUUUUUCUUUUUUUUUUCUGCGAAUAUGGUCUAUGAUGAUAAUUAACAAUUACUUUAUGUAAAUUACAGGGAACAACGAGAAAACAUUACCUUUAUUAAUUCACUUUAAAUUAAUACUAUUAUAUAUAUAUAUAUAUAUAUAUAUACACAUUGACUCCUAGGAAUAAUGAGUGCUCUAUUAAGUUAUUUUUAUCCUUCAAUUUACAUACUUUUUAAUUCUGAUGAAUUUCUUAGAAGAAGUUUUUUUUUUCUUCUUCUUUUCAAUUCUAAAAGAGAAUAAUACAAUAAUAACAUAACAGAUAAGAUGAAAUAUCUCAUUUUCUUUUCUGUCUUUUUUACUUUCAUCCUGCUAAUAAUAAAACUAAUAUAUAUAUAUAUAUAUAUUUUUUUUGUCGUUGGUUAAUUUAGUAAAACACUUUUACGGUUAAAUUGAAUUUAAUAUAAUCAAUAGGUAAGGUCUUGUUCGUAUAUAUAUUAUGUAUCGUCUUUAUUUUUAGAUAAACAAGGUCACAGUAUUCCCUAAUAAUAAAUAUAUGUUAAUAAUUUUCUUUCAAAAAGAUAUUUUUAGUUAUAAAUAGCAUUAUUUUUAUUUUGUUUUAAUCUCUCAGAGAACCGAUUAUAUAUAUAUAUAUAUUCAUUAGUAGAAAGAACAGUACAGAAGAAGAAAAAAAUAAUAAUAUUUUUUAUCUAUAAAAAUUAAAUAGUAAAAUAUUAGCUUAGUUCAACAUUUAUACAUUCUAAGAUUCUCAUAAAACAAUAGUCAUAAUCAUUUAAAAAUAAGUAAUUGAGUUUGAUAUCUAAAAAGGAUAGAAUACAAUAUCAUCAUUUCUUUUAUCUUUCUUUCAUCAUGAAGAAAAGGUGCCCGAUGAGAUUAUGGUAUUAUAUGACAUUAAGAAUUUUAUAUAUAAUUUGUACUGGAAGCUAUCUAUAUAAGAAUUUUGUUUAGGAUCGUAUCAUAGAUACUACACUGUACCUCUCUCUCUUUUUCACACUUUUACAAAUGAUUAGUCGUCCCUAGAAAAAAUAAAAAAUUUGUCAAACUAUAUCUCUGUAUAUAAUUCCAAAAAAAGAUUCAUAUGUGACAUUGUUAAUUUUUGAAAGUACUUUUUUUCUCUAUUGUAGCUUUUCUCCUUUUGUCAUAUUUUUAAAUAUUUGUCUUUUUUUCUAGUAGUGCGGUUUACUAUGAAAUAAUGCUAACAACAACAACAACAACAACAACAAUAACAGAAACGAUAGCACUAGGUCGCCCUUUGAUUUGGACGGAAAUCUUGUAUGAAGAUGGAUUGGAACGAGAACCACGUUCGGUAGUUCGAUGGUUAACCGUUGCUGUGUGUACUAUUGGAGUUGUAGGUAACAUAUUGGCUGUAUGCACCUUGUUACACCGACGAAUGCGUCAAUUAUCCACUUAUACUUAUUUAACAGCAUUAUGCAUAUCAAAUACGUUAUCUUCAAUGUUUAUUAUUAUUUUUGAACUGGAUGUUCUAUUUCAACCGAAUCGUUUCGUCUGUAUUCUAAUAUCAUUUUCAUCAGCAAUGGCAGUUAGUAUGUCGGCAUUGUCGACCUGGAUAACUAUUGCAUUCACAACUGAUCGCUAUAUAAAGAUAUGUAAACCUUUUAAAGGCGGAAAACUAUGUACACGAAAACAUGCUUGUUGGAUAAUUGGUUUCUGUUUUGUUAUGUCAGUAAUUUAUUUCAUACCACAAUUUUUAAGUUAUACAUGUUAUAAAAUGGUUCCUGAUCCACAAAAUGAUACAAUAGCCAACGAGACAGACGCCGCAUUACAUGAAGCAUCGUUUCCUCAAUUUUAUUUACCCGGUUUAUCAUUAUUCGGUAAAAAUCUAGCAACACGUUUGAUCACUCUGGCAUUAAUCAAGUGCAUUAUACUUCGAAUACUUCCAUUUAUAAUUGUAUUUAAACUAAAUUAUCAUUUAAUUAAUACUUUAUCUCGUUCAAAACGUCGACAUCGUCAAUUAAAUCCUUAUGAACAAAAACGAAAUGAUGUAACAUCUAUGAUCAUUAUUGUCGUCAGCGUUUAUCUAUUAUGUAUAUUUCCAUCAAUACCAUUUUCUAUCAUGUUUUCAUAUGACGCCGAUUAUUUUGUUCGAAUGUCAACAAGUCAUCGUAUUUUACAAACUUUUGAUGAAUUUUCAAAAUUUUUAAUGAUAUUUAAUAAUGCCAUACAAUGUUAUUUAUAUAUAUUUUUCGGUAAACGUUUUCGUCGUGAACUAUAUCGAUUAUUAUGUUGUCCAUUUAUCAUUAAUUCACCGGAAUCCAGUUUUGUCAAUGGCAGUUAUGAUCUAGUGUUAAGUGGCAAAUUUUCAUUUGAUACUGAACAAGAUUAUUUAUCGUCGAUCAAAUUCAGUUUUGAUCAUCCAAGACGUUGGAGUCGUUUGACAACGUCAACAACAAGUUCAGAUAGGACAGACACGCAUAUGGGUUUAAUAAAACAAUUGAAAAAUCGAUUAUUUGACUGA